GAUUGGGAACACUGGUCUGAAUUCAAAGAACAUAUUCGAAAUGUUCAGGGGACUCCUGACGGUACGCUUAAAAUGAAACACACCACUGACAACCGGUUUAACGAAAUUGACGGCAUUUACAAAUGCAAAACUUCCAACGAUAUAAAUGGUACAAAUGGACGCUUAUAUCAGAAAGGAUCAGUUCUCAUAAACAAUAAAGUUCCGCCGACAUUUGUGAACUCAAAUAAGCAAAUUCAAAUCGGUCGUUAUGGUAAAGAAAUUAACUUGACAGUGCUAGUGUACAAUAAGUAUGGCAAAUUAAAAACAAACCUAUCAAAACAGAAUAAGUAUCUGAAUGCACAUGAAAUACAGGAGAUGAUUCGAAUACAGGCCAUGGUCUAUGGUGUAAACAUAACAGUGGCUUGUAUAAAGAUAACAUUCCAACUGACACUUGAUGAAAUAGAAGACUUUACAGAUUAUACAAUAGAAGCUUGCAACAAAAAGGGGUGUAAUAAACUAACGGUGAAGAUAAAAUCGGAAAAUCGACCAGAGCCUCCCACAAAUAUGUCAGUAAUUCCAUUUGACAGAUAUUUGACAGUAUUGUGGUAUCCUGGAUACAACGGGGGUUUUCCACAGACAUUUUUCAUAGAAUACAAACAAGAGGCAAAGGAAAUAUGGAGACGGUCAAAACCUGUAAUCGAUAACAUGCAGGCUAGAAUGUCAAAUGUCCUGUUUAACAUGAGUCCACAAACUCGAUAUCUUGUUCGGGUAUUGUCAACAAAUGAAAUUGGAGAAAUCAAAAAGACGGCUCUCACUCCUAUAAUGACUUUAGCCAUUCAUUCAUCAGGUGAAAAAUCACUAUCUGUCCAAGGCAUCGUCAUUGUAGUACUAGUGUUUGUUAAUAUAAUCAUAGGAGUAGGGAUCGGAUUAUUUGUUCGUUACUUUAAACAGAAGAUCAAGAAGAGGGUGAUGACAGCAGUAAAUGUCCGAACAUCAGAAGCGAGUAAUGUCGACAGUGCUAAUUAUGCAGAUAUAACGGAAGACGAAAACAACCAGACAUCAUCACAAGAAAACGGAAGUCCGAUCCUGUCAACAGUCAACAUGAUUGGUGUUGAAAAUAGAGAUGAAGCUACCUUGUCAUCAGAAAAUGCAUCAGUAGCGUCAGACAAUGAUAUCAAUGAUGUAGACAAUUAUGAUGGUAUAUAUGAACAACCAUACACAACACUGGUGGUACAAAAUCGUGCUGACGACGAAAAUGUGUAUCUAAUUACAAAACAGAACUCAAUCUAUGAGAAUGAAACUACUUUGGAUAAUUCAGCUAGUGAAAUUUCUUGUGAAUUCUUACAUGAUACUUCACCGGUGGAACCAAACCUACCUGUUUAUGAAAAUGUCGUUCAAGAGAAAGCUUACCUGAACUACAUUGCUACAUGUAACGACAUCGACAAUGAUUUUCACCGUUUACACAUUGAUCCACAAAAUUGUAAGGCAGAAGACAUUAACAUGGUGCUGAAACUAUAGGAUAAGAUUCAUAAUUCGGACUUUACUUUUUUGUACAUGUACAAUUGUACAGCUGAACAUACAAGUGUCAUUAGAUGUGUUCCUUGUACUAAAUAACCAUUCAACACUUGCAUGCGGUAUAUUUCUUUAAAGUGAUUUUUCAUGGCCAAU